AUGAAGCUCAUGGCGCUGCCGGCGCCGACCCGCUCGCGCAUCGAGCAGUCGAUCUGGGAGAUCGACGCCCAAGACACGGACGAUGACAGCGACGACGAGCGGCCACUCAAGAAGCUACGAGCAGAGCCGCCGGCGCCAGCACCUGUUUACUUUCGCUUGACCAAGCGGGAGCUCGAGCGGGCGGCGUCCAAGGCCAAGGCGCUCUGCAGCGACAACGUGGCGGCGACGACACGGGCUAUGAACGAUUCAACCCCAAGCUCGUACUUUGCCAAGCUGACGCGCCGGAAGCGCCGGCUCGCGUUUGACUAACACGACGCCACGAUAGGCUGGCCGUGUAGCCUUCUAGACCCUUACCUUAUUGUACCAAUAGAGACCUUGUACGC